AUGAGCACCCGCCGCCUCAAGGUCCCCUUUUCCUCUGCCUUCUUCUCUGCCGCCUCCUCCAAGGAGACUUACGGGAGGGGCGCGUUUGUGCUGCACGUGCGGCUGCAGUACUUGACGCAGGAGGAGGCCCAGAACAUUGACGUGGAGUUGAUGGGACCCGUCUGCGGCUUCUCCGUCGACCAGUUACAACAUGUGGUGGUGGGUGGGUGGGCGGGAGGGCAGCUGAUGGAGCUGGCGGGACUGAGCUGUGCGACGGCGAUCGCCAAGGUCUUCCCCACACACCACAACGUGCUCGUCAUCGCCGGCCCCGGCAACAAAUAUCCUCUCUUCCUUCCGGGCGGUACUGGCGGCGAUGGCCUCGUGUGCGCUCGCCACCUGCUGCUCUUCGGCUACCAGCCGACCAUCCACUACCCCAAGCGCACCGACAAGGACCUGCGCCUCAGAUUCACAUCGACGGUGUCAUGCGUUUCGGACGUCCCCGUUGUGCAGAACCUGGUGAAGCAAUGCGAGUACAUGGGGAUCCCCUUCAUCGACCAGCUGCCCGACAGGCUGGAAGACUACAACCUGAUCGUGGAUGCCAUCUUCGGGUUCAGCUUCAAGCCCGAGUCGGGCCGGCUGCGCGAGACCGAGGUGCCCAUCGCCUCCAUCGACAUUCCCUCCGGCUGGGACGUUGAGAAAGGCGACAGCGCGGGUGUGGGCGUCAAGGAGCCGCAGCUCUUGGUGUCGCUCACGGCGCCGAAGCUGGCGACGCGCUCCUUCCGCAAAGAGCACUGGCUGGGCGGCCGCUUCGUUCCUCCAUCGCUGGAGAAGAAGUACGAGCUCAACCUGCCCGCCUAUCCGGUCACCGAUGUAGUUGUCCGCCUCCCUCCCCCCUCGUAG